UCAUAUAUUCAUCUCAUAUUCUAUUCUAUACACACAACACGAACCAUACUCAGAAAUCUAUAUCUGUAUCUCUAAUUAUCUAUAUAUAUAUAGUUUCUCAUAUUAUAUAGAUAAAUAGAUAGAUAUAGAUAUGGAAAUCAUGGAAGUAAUUAAAUCAAUAGACUUUGAACAUGAAUCAUUCCCAACUUAUAGUGAUUUCAUUGUUCUUCCUAUGUUUGCCAUCUUCUUCCCCACUGUUCGGUUUUUUCUUGAUAGAUUCCUUUUUGAGCAUGUUGGUAGGUGGUUAAUAUUUGACAAGGGACAGCAGAAGCUGGAUGUUGAGACAGAUGAUCGUAAUAAGAAGAUAAAAAAAUUCAAAGAAUCAGCUUGGAAAUGCAUUUAUUAUCUUUCAGCAGAAAUCCUAGCCCUGGCUGUAACUUAUAAUGAACCGUAUUUCACUAAUACAAACAAUUUUUGGCUUGGUCCUGGUGAUCAGAGAUGGCCUGACCAGAAAAUGAAGUUAAAAUUAAAAGGUCUCUACAUGUAUACGGGUGGAUUCUACACGUAUUCCAUCUUUGCAUUGAUAUUCUGGGAAACAAGAAGAUCCGAUUUUGGUGUGUCCAUGGGCCAUCAUGUCGCAACUGUCAUCCUCAUCUUAAUGUCGUAUAUAUGCAGGUUUGCUCGUGCUGGUUCGAUUAUUUUAGCUCUUCAUGAUGCCAGUGAUGUGUUUCUUGAAGUAGGCAAGAUGUCUAAAUACAGUGGUGCCGAAACACUUGCAAGUUUUUCAUUUGUUAUAUUUGUAUUGUCGUGGGUGGUUCUUCGUCUUAUUUAUUACCCGUUUUGGAUCCUCUGGAGUACAAGUUACGAAGUAGUUAUGACUUUGGAUAAGGAGAAGGAGAUUAAGGAGGGCCCACUUUACUAUUAUGUGUUCAACACCCUUCUUUACUGUCUGCUUGUUCUCCAUAUAUACUGGUGGGUGCUUAUGUACCGGAUGCUUGUUAAGCAAAUCCAAGAUAGAGGAAAACUUAGUGACGAUGUUCGUUCUGAUUCCGAUAGCGACAGUGAUAAAGAACAUGAAGAUUGAUCACUGAUUCCUGUUGGGUUGCUAGGGAAGUUAGUACAAGGUGCGGGUAGAUGUUUUUCAAAUCAACCUUAAACUUGAUAUCAAAAUGACUUCCUGCAUAUCGGAGAGACAUGUAUAAAUAGAAAGUUUAAUUGCUAUAUAAAGUCAACUUUCGUCAUUGCAUGCUGGUUCACAAGACAAUUGCUGAUGUUUUCCGUUGUUGAUAGUCUUUUUUUAUAUAUAUCUUGUUUUCACCUGACUUGUUAUCAUCAAGGAACCUUGGUGGUAUUUUUGGAUCAUUUUCAUUCAUGUACCAUUAAAUUUUCAGAUAGAUGCUGUAAUUGAUUCAUGCUACUUUUUUUUUUGUUUAUAAUUAUUGGUUUCAAUUAA